UUGUACAUGCAUUUUUCCCCUGAACGAGAAACACUUGUUGGUAUUUCUUCUUUCUGAUGUGUGAGUGUGUGUGUGUGUGUGUGCGUGUGUUUAUGUGAGUCCCAUUUCAGUGUCCUUCCCAUGUUACCAUGUUUGGUGAGGUUAAAAGUGAUAGCAACGUAAAAAUUGGAAUAAUCUCGUUCACACUCAAACAUAUAGAAGGGAGUCUCUGAACCUGAUUAGAACUGCAAUCGCUCAAACAGUUGGCCAAAUGGACUCGAUUGAGUUCAAUCCUCAAAUUUUGAUUGCCACUUUAAUUGGAGUGUCUUUGGCUGGAUUAUGGGGAGGUUUGACACCCAACCUUUUAGACCAGUGUCCAAAAAGCCUUCAAACAGGAUUCACCUUCUUCUCAAGUGGUUCUGUUCUGGCUUUGCUUUUUGGACAAGUCAUUCCCCAGUUGUUUUAUGACAUCAAACAAUUUCACGCACCAAUCCCCGUGGAGUUACUUUGCGGAAUGGUUAUCGUUUUUGGAAAACUUAGUUUGCAAUUGGUUGCCCUCUUGUUCCCGGGCUCUCUUGGUCAGAUAUCUCAAAAACCGUCCUCGCACAAUCCAAACUUGUGGACAACGGUUGAAGAUUCGGCUGACUCCAAUGAUGACGACACGAACGAACUCCAUUAUUUUCUCUCCCCUGAUCAUUGUGAAGCUCCAAGGCCUAGACAACCACCGGCAAUGCUUGUGACCAUUUCCAUCAUAACUCCACUUUCGACUCAUGCCUUUUUGGAGGGAUUGGCCCUUGGAACCCAAGAUUCAUGGCGCGAUGUUGUCGCUUUUGGCAUAUCAUUGGCCUUGCAUAAAUGGGUUGUCACUCUUUCCUUAGGCUCUUUCCUGAAGCAAGCUAAAAUACAGGGACUGAGUUAUCUACUCGUAUUAACUAUAUUUGUGGCAAUGACCCCGUUGGGAGCGAUUGUUGCCAGAUCAGUUGGAAAUGUCGCUCAUGAAUCAAGUUUGUCCUCGAAACUAAUCCGAAGCUACUCCGCGGGGAUUCUCUUACAUUUGGCCAUGGUGGAUCAAGUGGGAACCUUUGACAAUGGGAUUGGAACCUUGGGCACAACCUUGGGCGUGGCUUCCAUGUUUCUAUUGCUGGUCGGCCUUCAAAUUUUCCUCCAAUGAUUGCGCAAAUAGUAUCGGGAAUGUUGCAGAAGACAAUUCAAGACCGGUUAAUGACGGAGUCCAUUUUUGAAAUAUCGACUAUCAUUCAUAUAUUUCGUUGAGUAAUUCAGACCACUUAUCAGAAAUCGUCGCAUGUUGAGAGAGUGUUAUGUAUUAUCAUAGCAUAGCUUUAUCAUGAUUUUUUGUAGUAUAGAUCUUAAUAUCUUGGAA